CAGCCACCGACGAAACAGUCGAGUUUCAGCCACGCACCGACCAAGUUGUUCGAGCGCGUGAGUCCCCGACCUGCCCAGUGGAUAUAUUGUUUAAAAUCACUUGAUAACCGUGCCGUAACGCGCCGUAAACUCAAUCAAAAAUUUAUGAACGGACUGCUAAUAAGGAAAUUGUUCUCGUAAAUUCAUCAGGAGCCCCAAAGAACGCCACAGCCAUGGACAUUGUCAUUCGCGAGGAGGACAUUUCGCUGGCCCAGAUCGGGGUCUACGCCUCGGUCUCCUUUCUGGUGGUGUCGGCCGUGGGAGCGGCUCUCUACACCACCUGCUCGAGGCGCUACCGUCUCAACUGGUUCGAGCAGAACCUCCUGGAGUCGGCCAACGAAAAGGACGAGGAUCAGCAGAGGGAGGCCCUGGUGGCUGGUGCCGCCGGCUACAAUGUGGACAACCUCAACGAGUGCUCGCGCGGAAAUCUGAGUCCCACUUCCCUGAAGAACGACGAGAACGACCCGGCCUUCUGGGUGCCGGCCUCGGUGACUUCCACGGCCGCCAUCCAGCAACAAGUGUCCAACACCACGGAGGAGUCGGCCCCGCCCACUCCCACCUCGCCCACUGGCAGCCUCAAGUCGAACACCCUGUCCCUGUGCUCCACCGCCUCCGUGCCCAUCGCCCGAUCGGACAAGCACGUCGUCCUGGCCAUGCACCCGACGCGUCCCCGCGUCUCCUCCAUGAACGCCAAAUUGGAUCACACCAAAAUCGACAUGACCCUGUACAGAAGCCACGCUCAGCCAAAGACCUUGGACCCCGCUCCGGCCAUCGAAGUGCGUGGAAAUCUGCACGUGGGCAUCAGCUACGAUCCUGUGGGGGGUCUGCUCAACGUGCGACUGCUGGAGGCUCAGAACCUGCAGCCCAGGCAGUUCAGUGGCUCUGCUGAUCCGUACGCCAAGGUGCGCCUCUUGCCCGACAAAAAGAACUUUUGGCAGACGCGCAUUCACAAGAAGACCCUGAAUCCAGUUUUCGACGAGCACUUUGUCUUUGAGGUGGCCGCUGGGGUCAUCGACAAGCGAACUGUGGAGAUUCUCUUGUACGACUUUGAUGCCUACUCGCGGCACGUGUGCAUUGGCGGCACGAAGCUCCACUUGGCGAACAUCGAUCUGAGCGAACAACUGCAGCUGUGGACGCCCUUGAGCUCUGCCUCGGCCCAGGACAUGAAAGUGGAUUUGGGGGACAUAAUGGUGUCCCUGGCCUACCUUCCCUCGGCCGAACGCCUGAUGGUGGUGCUGAUCAAGGCCAGAAAUCUGCGGAUUGUGGACGAUGCCAGGAACUCCUCCGAUCCGUACGUGAAGGUGACUCUCCUCGGACCUGUGGGCAAGAAAAUGAAGAAGCGCAAGACCGGCGUACAGCGGAGCACCGUCAAUCCUGUGUACAACGAGGCCCUGGCCUUUGAUGUCAACAAGGAGACGCUGAAGAACUGCGUGCUCGAGUUUACUGUCGUCCACGACGGUCUUUUGGGAUCGAGCGAAAUCUUGGGCCGCACUCUCAUCGGCAACUCGUCCGAGGUGCGCACUGAGGAGAAGAUCUUCUUCGAGGAGAUGUUUCGCGCCAAGAAUGCCACCGCGCAAUGGGUUCCACUCCAGGAGCCAGCCACCAAUUUGGCCAAUGCAGCCAAGUCCACCACCAACAAGAACUAG